UAAAUAAUAACCGAUAUUCAUUCAUGUCAACUCUGUCUUCCACAACCAGGACACUUUCCCAUAAAUGAACCGCAUCCAUAUCCGUUGGAUCCAGUCUUGACUCCGCGAAGAUUUUAUUGAUUCACUCAUGCGAAGCAGCUACCAGCCAUGAUUUCGCAAAUCUUCCUCAUAGCUAAGACUAUCUGCGUGGCGUUCAGCACUUCCUUCAGCCGUCUGAACCUGUUUCUUUCCGCGCUCCGUCACCGCCUGACCUACCGUGCUGAUCCUGAUGCACAAAAUAUCGUGAUUAUCGGCGCCUCUUUUGCCGGUUACCAAGCUGCCAGGGAUCUUGCAAAUGCUGUCCCAACCGGCUAUCGUGUUGUUAUUAUUGAAAAGAAUUCCCAUUUCCAAUUCACAUGGGUGUUCCCCCGGUUCUGCGUUGUGAGUGGUCACGAGCAUAAGGCGUUGAUACCUUACGGCCCGUACCUCACGGGAGCACCUAAGGGGUCAUAUGAAUGGGUACGAGGUCGGGUUUGUAAAAUCGAGGCACAAGAAAAAGGUGGUUCUAUCGAACUUGCCUCGGGAGAGAAGAUCAAAUACGCAUAUUUGAUUUUCGCAACAGGCGCGGAAGCUGGGGCUCCAUCGCGACUGGGGAAAGAGAGUAAAGAAGAUGCGAUUCAGGUAUUUAGGAAUCAACAGGAACGGUUGAAGGCAGCGAAAGACGUUGUUGUCAUUGGAGGUGGUGCCGCAGGAGUCGAGAUCGCUGGAGACGCAAAGGCUACGUUCCCUGAGACGAACGUUACAUUGGUCCAUUCAAGACCCGUUCUAUUGAAUACAUUUGGUCCCAAGCUGCAGAAGCUUGCUGCUACUGAGCUAGGAAAACUUGGAGUUAAUAUUUUGCUCGAGGAGAGACUGCAGGAAAUUGACGAUGCUACUGGUGAUGUGGUCCUUAAGUCAGGCAAGAAGAUCACCUGCGAUUGCUUGAUUAAAUGUGUCGGCCAGAAGCCUUCUUCCAAUCUUCUCACAGAGAUCUCUCCUUCCUCGAUCUCACCAUCAGGGCAUAUAAAAGUGCUCCCUACGCUCCAAAUCGCAGACCCGACUUACAGAAAUAUCUUCGCUAUUGGCGACGUAACAGAUGCACCGAUCAAGAAUGGCCGAUCCGCAGUGGAGCAAGGCCAGUUUGUGUCGAAGAACAUCGUCCGUGCGAUUAAGGGGCAAAAGCUCCAAGAUUACCACGCCCAGUGGUGGGAAGGAUUGACGGAGGUGACUCUAGGUUUGAAGAAGAAAGUUGCUUAUCUUAAUGAUGGCUCAACUGAAAUGACCUUUUCAACUAGCACCAAGGAUCCUGCACUUAGAAGUGCACAGUGCUGGCGUCUCUUUGGCGUGAAGCCAUAUGAUGACCCCUCGGACACAGGAGCUAAUGAGAACUGAGAUCGAAAUCAUAGAUUUGGCUUUUUCUAGUGUACCUUAUUUGAUAUUACAUUGACUAUAUUCAACUCCCUGAGAACAACUGAACUAUUGA